AGACCACAAGUUAGCGCGUCUUUGAAUGUGAUGUCUGGAGUGAGGUUAGACAAUACGGAUAUUUUCGAACGUGUUGGAGCCGAGUCAUAUGGACGACCUGGUGAAGAAACUGGUGCGACAGACACUAAAGAAAAUGCUCCACACUAUACCAUUCAAGGGGUAUUACAUUUCUUGCAAACUGAGUGGAAUCGUCUUGAAAUGCAACGCUCCCAAUGGGAAGUCGAGCGAGCUGAAUUGCAAGCACGAAUAGCAUUCCUUCAAGGGGAGCGUCGUGGUCAGGAAAAUCUAAAGCAGGACUUAGUUCGACGAAUUAAAAUGCUAGAGUAUGGUUUGAAACAGGAGCGUGUCAAAUUUCAUCUAUACAAAGCUUCAAUUUCUGCUGGCAACCCACCUACUUCCCUUAAACAAACUGAUCAAGAAUCUAGUACCAGAAAUGAAUCAACCACCGCAAAGCCUGUGCUAAAACCAGCUGAAAAACUAGCUGAGUGUACUGAGCAGACUCUCGAAAGUAAUGUGAAGUGGCGAGAGAGUCGAUUACGUCUCAAACAGUUUCUUCAGGAAGUUGGUUAUGCAGAUGCUGUCCUCAGUGUACGCGAAGCACGUGUACGCCAUUUAUUGUUGUCAGCUGCAGGGUGGCCUAAUGAACCUGAUUCUUCUCUCACGACUGCAGAUCCGAAGAAUAAACACUAUCUUUGGGAAUGUGAUAAGCCCAAGUCAAAACUCACUGAUAAUGCUGGGUGAGUGAUCGAUUUUAUGGUUAUAGUAAUCAAAAUUUUUAGUGAUUUAUUUUUCUUAGGUAUGCUCAUAUCAACACCUUUUAAAUGGUCUAGUACCGACAACUUGAAAUAAGUAUCCACUGUAAACAAAUAUUUUAUUGCGACUUAUUAUCUUACGAGAUAGUAAAGUUCUUAAAAUUAAUCCAUGUUCUGUUUGAGUCAUUGGCAAUGUCCAAACACUGGAGUGUAUAGGCAUUCAGUGGAUGAGUUUACCGUAGGUGACUGCCAAAUAACCAUUAGGGUUAUAAUUGUUUGGCAAAACAAUUUGAUGAUGCGAAACCUGGAAGUGUAAUUGUUUGGUUUUUCAAUCGUCAUGUGCUGUAAUAUGGACUAGCAAAUAAAUGUCGCGUGAUUUGGGAACUCAUUUGUCUGUCAGUCAACGUGGGACCUAGCAUUAGUGUGCAUUGUUCCAAGCUGCUGCGCAUCACAUCAAUUCAGCAACAGCAAAUCUAUUCAUAGAAUAACAGACAAUGUGAAAUCAUAUCAAGUGGUGUGGGAAUCCAAACAUUUGAAGAAACACUUCAAAGGUGAGGUGAGGUGACGGAAUGUUCAAACCUACAACCCAUUAGUUUUAAACUGGGUUUCUUGAAACUUGACAUAUUUAUUAUUCAGUUGAUGAGAUUUACUAACGUUCAUGGAGUAAAGAAGUUCUUAAUGUUUGUUCGCUUUCAUUGUACAUUUUACUACCACCAUGGUUAUGAUGCCAGCCUUCAAGAUGAACUUGCGGAAGACGCUAUAGCAAAAAUAAAUCAGGUUGUGCGCUCAGGCUCAGAUUUUCUCACGUCUGAUGAUUUGGGUUCUGGAUUUGGUAGUGAGUUAAAUGACCAAUCUACCGAACCGGAUACAACAGGGAAUUCUGGUACUGACAAUUCGGAAUCAUUUGAUAACGCAAGUUGGGUGAACAGAUUUCGUCGAACAAGUGAUGCGAAUAAACGCAAAUCGCAGGGUCAAACAAAUUACUCGCAACGAAAUGAGUAUUCCAAGAAUAUAACUUCUAGUACCACAGUAUCCUCGUUUCUGAACAGUUUUGGGGAAAUUGGAAGUGCAGGACAAUCGAAGCGAUUCGGUCGUAAACAUGCAGCUGAUACAAAUAUUUUGGAUUUAAUCAACACAUUGUCGGAAAAAGUUGAUAAUAAUGAUGAUUUUUUAUCAAACGCUGUAUCUGAUAUUAAUUCAACCGCCGCAGUAUAUCCUAGUAGUGGUCAAACUCCGAAUUCUGUCUCACCAAACAAUAAAUCGAGUUCACCAAAUAAUGGAACAAAUUUAUGGGGAUCGGACUUAUCAGAUCCCAGUGUUGUAGAUUCUACUGGUCAGGUUGGUGUAAAAGGUCGUCUGGAGUCUGUGAAAGAAUCUAAUCCGACAGAUCCUCUUGGGCUAGGUGAUCUGGCUAGUUUAACUGUAGCUAACGAAGCUGAUUCAGGUUUAAAUGGUGAUGUUUGUGACUCAAAUUUACCUGGAAGUAAUUAUGAAUCAUCAGUGCUGGGUGGCUCUGUCAGUAGUAAUGCUCAAGUAGACAGUGCGGCAAAUAUUUCAUCAACCUACUCAACUGGUCGUCGACCGUGGGCCCCGAGAUAUACACUUCGCGGUCACUUCGACGGUAUCAGAAGCGUUGCAUUUCAUCCCACCGAACGAGCUGUUUAUACUGCUGGUGAAGAUGGAUGUGUAAUGCUUUGGAAUUUGUUAAAAACUGGGCCUCCGGGAUCGGCUAUUACCUCAGGAAGAGCAGGUCUCAAUUCAGGUCCAGUGGACGAAUUGUCACCUGUACAUGUUUACUGUGGCCAUAAAGGCCCUGUUUUGUGUGUCACUACGCCAAGCCCUCUGCUUUCCUCAACUAUGAGUACUGCUGUGUAUUCUGGUGGUCUUGAUGGAACAGUUCGAUCAUGGCGUUUACCAUCUGCCUCUAAUGGUCUAGGUCUGAUUGACAUAUAUGCACCUCAAGAACUAGAAACUGUGACUGGUCCAGUUUUUGCAAAUUCAUCAUCACCUGUUUGGUCAAUCGCUGUACACCCAUCUAGUCCUCUGUUACUUGCUGCUCAUGCAAAUGGUUCUAUCGAUUUUUGGUCUACUGUAGAAAAGCUUGAAAAUGAUUCACCAAUUUCUCCAGUCCUAUCAGUUCAUAUGGAUCGCCUAAUUAAACCUUUAGGUGCUAAUGAACCUCCGUUCGGACGUCCAACUUGUCUUCAUUUUUUGGUCAGCCGUCCGGAUUCAUUAACUGCCUCUCAAUGUGUUGUUGGAACUAGCACGGGAUGGUUAGCGCUAUUAGAUGUUCAGACUGGUCAAUUAAUUAAUCAAAUACCACCAGCACCUCCUCUGACCGAUCCUAGUCGCGAUGAGCAGCCACUGAAUAUGGCAAACAUACCGGUAGCAGGCGAAUGUAGUUUACCUUCUGGUUGGACAGAACGCUCACUUAAUGCUCUGGGUUCACACCAAACAUUAUCUCUCGUUAUUGGAGCCCAUGAAGAUCGUUGUAUUCGGUUCUAUGAUAUCAACCGCAUGUCCGACCGUUCAUCAGUUACAAAUUCGGCAUGUGUAGACGCUAUGGUUACACAUUUGAAUGCUGUUACAAGCCUUGCAGUCGAUCCUCACGGUCUGUAUUUAUUGACUGGAAGUCAUGAUGCCUCUAUCCGUGUUUGGGAUGUUGAAAGUCGUACAUGCAUACAAGAAAUGACUAAUCAUGGAUUCAAAUACAAUGAAUCAGUUCAUUCAGUAGCUUUACAUCCACAACUUCCUUUAGCAGCUAGUGCUGGAGCAGAUGCUAUAUGCAAAAUUUAUGUAACAGCUACAUAAAUAAUUGAUUAAUUUCGAUUAUAUUCUCACUCUUUUCACCAGUGUUAAACUGUAUAACUUUUUUGUUUUCGUAUUAUAUGACAUUAAUGUUCGGUUGAUAUUCUAUUUUUUCCCCAUCUACUGUUUAUGUAUGUAUGUAUGUCUUCUCAUUCCGUUUUAUUGUUUGUUAAUUGUAGAAAACGUAUAUUUAUACAUAAUUUUGAUCUGCAUGCCUACUUGAACAUUGUCGUAGUCUUCAAAGACUUGAUAGUAUUCUUGACCAUUUCAAUUUAUUAGUAGUAAUUAAUGUGUUUGUUUUUUUCUUCAUUCUAUCCAUUUUAUUUUGUUUUUGGCAUUUUAUCAUUUCUCUUCUAAUUUGCUUACAUAAAUUAGUUAGAUUUACUUUUAUUUAUGCAUUGUGUUAUAUUCGUUUUACAUAGAUACACUUGUCUUUAUUAUCUAAGCUAGAGGACUUGUAGUUUGUUUCAUAUGCUGAUUAAUUUCAAGGUGAAUACGUACUACAUACUCUAUUCAUUAUCAUCAUUAAACUCGGUUGCUUUUAUUUUCAAUUAUAUACAUAUAUGAUCUCUUUUUCUGAAAAAAAAACUAUUUCAUGCUCAUUAUUUCAAUGAUUGUUGAUCAAUAAAAAGCAUGGAUUGUUCAAAAUAAUUGGACAGAUUGUGCUAUCUUGCUCCCUACUCAUGUUUGUGUGUUUCAUUGUGUUUCCUUUUUCUCUUGCACAUUUUUACGUAGCUCUCUCCUUGUGCAGGUUAUUCUACUUACUAAUGAUAAUAGAAUUAGUGAAAUUUCGAUAAUAUUGAAGCGAUUCUCUAUCAUGUGACUUCUGAUUUCGUUUUUUUGGAUACAUUUUAUUUUUGUGAGUAAGAUUGUGAUGAAUGGCAUCCGAGAUCUGAUACUGAUACUCAGUGCGCUACGCGCUAUCUUCCAAAACUGGCUACUUGAGCAAGAUAACAAGAGUGGAGAAGUAAGUCUAUUGAACUACAGAAUAAUAUGCAUAAAUACUCAUAUAUCUUUCCAUUUAGGAAAUCAAUCCAUUUCUCGACCUAUGAUAUGCGUUUGUCCUUCAGAUCACUUCUGAUUGUCAUCAAGUAAUUCUGUUUUAGUUACUUCAUAUUGACUCACUGUAUCACCUUUCCCUUCCGUUAUGAUCUCUCCUAUCACGGUACAGCUCUUCCUAUUGCUUAGUACUUGGGAACACUACUUCACUCGACACAUCUACGAAUCAGAGUACGGAUACACAGAAACGUAGUUCUAUUCCAAAUAAACAAGGUUGAUUGGUAUUGGGUAGAUAUCAUAAUUACGAAAACGUUACUAUGUUUGUAAAUUUCGCAUCAGAAGAUUGUAGAAUCUUCUCUAUGUAUCCGUUAUCUCGGAUCGGUUAAAAAAACUCAAUCAACGUGCCCCAACACAAUUCUUCACAGAAAAUCUUUUAAUGCAAUCUAUAUUCCGCUAACACCUGAAAUAUAAGCCGGAAUCUUUGAGUUUAACUGAAGACGUUGAAGAAAACAAGAUUUUCUUGAUUUCGCGGUAUGACUGUCACUUCUUUUUGUGAAUACAUCGCGUCAGAUAGAUUCUGUUUCUUUCGAAAACUGAUUCAGCAGGGAUUACAUCAUUAGGUGAGAUUGGGUGAGGAAUUAUUCCGGGUGAUUUUCUCUGUCAUGCCCUCCCCUCUGUUAUUAUUUCGGAAAUCAUUGAAAAACUUGUACUUUCAUUUAUCAUAUGAGAAUAGGGAGAUUGAUAUAGGGUUGAACGAAAUACUUGGUUGCAAAUAAGGUUGAUGGUUUUCUGUGAUUCACUCUUAAUGAGCUUUAGUUAAACUUAAAAGAAUUAUUGAGGCUAAUAUUUCAAACGCCGUGUUGGUUAAACUGGUUCCUCUGUGGUUUUCGCGAUACGUCUAUUUUAGACUUAGCUAAAAUAUAGGAACUGGACGCUAUCACAUAUGGUUAGUUUCAACCGUCUAAGAUUUCAGUUAAUCUAACUGCUAAGGCUGGACCACCAUCAUUUAGCCAUUCAGAUUACUUGGAGAUAGUGGGUAAUCCUAGAUAUCAUCACUCUGGAAUCUAAUCUGCUUUUUUAUAUUUCUUGAUACCAAGCGACACCAUAUAUUAAAAUCGACUGGAAUUCUAAUAUUCUUUAACCCAUGUUUGCUAUUCCGUUUUUACUUUAACGUUAUUUACUUGACCGAUUUGACUAUUGACCUGCACACUUAACCUUAAGCCGACGCAAGCUGAGCUCCUAUUUCCUUACUAUUUAUGAAUCCUCUAACACUUUUGAUUUCAAACAGAAUUAAAUAGCCAGCUAUUAUUAUUAUUAUUAUU